CUUAAAAUGGAGGCAAUUGGAAGCGAGGAGCUCCCGGUAUUUUUCUCAGACGAGUUUAAUACACAAGAUUUUCAUAUAAUGGAAGUAGAUAGCACAACUUUAGACAAAAUAUUAGAUAGCAAAGCCUUGAUUAAAACUAAUUUGAAUUCUGAAAACCCAAAGAAACAAACUGCAGCUUUAGUGACGGAUUUAGACACAUUCAAAAUUAAAUAAACUUGAGUCAUCUAACUCAUACUACCUAUCGAUGAUCCAUCAUAAAGAAAAGAACAUGGAGAUCUACUCGUCACAAAAUCAUGUGUUCAUCUGUGAGAAAUUUGUUGAUACAAAAGCAGUAGAGCUUUUGCUUAAAGAUAGCAUGAUCUAUGAUUCUCAACUAGAGGCAAUAAGCACCAAAGGGGUUACUAAGAACGAAAUCCUUGAUACUCUACAGAUUAGCACAAAGCAAUUGGAUGAAGUUCUCACUAAACUAAAUGCAUUUGAGGUAGAUGGCAAGUAUUACACAGUACAAGAAGACUUCAUGCUUGACACUGUAAAAUCAAUGCUUCUUCUCUUAGCUAAUUCAGGAGGGAAUGAGAAAGAAACUAUAACAUUAAAUGAUAUCGUAGAUCAACCAGAUGCGACUGAGAUCCUUACAGCAAAUCUUAUGACUCCUAUUGGAAGAAAACUUCUAGCUCAUGUUCUAAAGGAAGCCUACGACUUUGCUGCAGAAUCCUUCACAAAGAAUAUUACUAAUAUUGCAAUCUUGAGUGCGAGGAUUCUCGUGAGUGAGUUGAACUCUAUUAAACUUUCUGAGUUUAUUCAGACAUAUGAAAACUCCUUAAUGGUACUAUUAUCUUCAGAGUCAUUCAAAGAACUUACUGAGAAACAUGAUUUGUUAAGCAAGCUGAAAAAUCAUGACAUUUCUAUACUGGGAGAACAUUUGUCUAUUGAUACUGAUACAUUCCUGGAAAAGGAUUAUACUAUUACUAAGAAGCUGGAUUAAAAAGAGUUUAAGAGAGGAGAUAUAGAAGUUAAAUAAUUAUCAAUAAUGUGCACACAAAGUUUAGU